CCACGGCGCACGCGCAGUGCGGUCGUUGGACGCGCCGGCGCAGUGGCGGUGGCGGAUGUUUACCACGACCGACGUCCGAGCGGUGCCGGGGCAGUGGACGCGAGGGACGCACCCGUAAGGGACGCGCCCUUGAAGCUGCCGUCGCGGCCCAAGUCGGUGGAGCGCGGAGGUAGAGCUGCACUUGCGGCCGCCCCUCGGCCCCUUCCCUUGGGCAGUCUUGCCUGAGUGUAAUCUUGAACAUGGGUGGUGCUGUGAGUGCUGGUGAGGACAACGAUGAGCUGAUUGAUAACCUGAAAGAAGCACAGUAUAUCCGGACAGACCUGGUAGAGCAGGCUUUCCGUGCUAUUGAUCGUGCAGAUUAUUAUCUGGAAGAGUUUAAAGAAAAUGCAUACAAGGAUUUGGCGUGGAAACAUGGAAACAUUCAUCUCUCUGCCCCGUGCAUCUACUCAGAGGUGAUGGAAGCCCUUGAUCUGCAGCCUGGACUCUCAUUUCUGAACCUGGGCAGUGGCACUGGUUACCUCAGCUCUAUGGUGGGUCUAAUUCUAGGUCCUUUUGGUGUGAACCAUGGGGUGGAGCUUCAUUCAGAUGUGAUAGAGUAUGCAAAGCAGAAACUGGACUUCUUCAUCAGAACAAGUGACAGCUUUGACAAGUUCGACUUCUGUGAACCUUCCUUUGUUACUGGCAAUUGCCUGGAAAUUUCUCCAGAUUGUUGUCAGUAUGAUCGUGUGUACUGUGGGGCUGGUGUGCAGAAAGAACAUGAAGAGUACAUGAAGAAUCUUCUUAAAGUUGGAGGGAUACUUGUCAUGCCCUUGGAAGAGAAGUUGACCAAGAUAACACGCAUAGGGCCUUCUGCUUGGGAAACCAAAAAGAUUCUGGCUGUUUCCUUUGCUCCUCUGGUCCAGCCUUGUCAGUCUGAGUCGGGAAAAUCCAGACUUGUCCAGCUACCACCACCAGCUGUUCGAAGCCUACAGGACUUGGCCCGCAUUGCCAUCCGAAGCACUAUCAAGAAGGUCAUUUGCCAGGAAGCAGUGAGCAAAGGUGGAAAUGGACUGAAGAGCACACCCAGGUUCAAACGAAGGAGGGUCCGCUGCCGGCGAAUGGAAACGAUUGUCUUUUUGGACAAGGAGGUCUUUGCUAGUCGUAUUUCCAAUCCCUCUGAUGACACCAGCUGUGAGGACUUGGAAGAAGAGCGGCAGGAGGCGGCAGAAAGGACCCCUCGGGAAGUCAACGCCGAACCUCCAGUAAACUUCCUUCGCCAGAGGGUCCUCAGCCUCCCGCUGCCAGAUCCCCUGAAGUACUACUUGCUUUAUUACAGAGAAAAGUAAGUUUUUUGUUUGAAAGGGGAAGUUAGGAAGAGGUAAAGUGAGCCUAACCUGCCAUUCACUGCUGCUAGGUGUUUUGAAACAGAUGCCUCCAAAGGGGGCCACUGGUUUCAUCCAUGUUGUGGUUUCCCAUUUCCGGCUCCUGUUUGUCCUUUAAAACUGAUCCCAUGGUAUGAUAAAUUAUUUAAACAAUCUGACAAGACACACUACAGAGAAGAAUGUUUUCCUUAAGUAGGCAAUAGCUUGUCCCUCUCUGCUGAAACACUCUUGUAAGCUAUAGCCUUCUUGUCAAAACUGUCCCUGAUGCCAGGGACACCUAACAUAUCUCAAAAGCAACUGAGUCUGAAUGACCCUGUGUGAGGCAAAGCACAAGUCUUCAAAUGUAUGAACUUUUCAGGAUGUGACAUAUAUUCCUGUCCAAGUUUGAAAUUUAUGGUAUCAACCUCUUAAUUACUGGCACUGAGUUCCACUGAAUUUUAUUUUAAUAUUCUAAAGGGUGAAAUAAAUACUAUUGGAAAACUCUUCCAUAAUUAAACAAAUUAUAUGAAAAUUAUCAGUUAUAAUUUUUAAAGGAAAAAAGAAAUUGGUUAAGGGAGGAGUGAAAAUAUUAAACUGCUAGAAGUCUUUCUGGAAUUUCCAGACUUCCAAGCAGUCCCCUGCCCCCACACCUUUUGUUACCUUUAAAAGAACCACUGUCAAAUAAUCUCCUGAAAAGGAAACAAGUUUUUAAAAAAUUUGUAUAAAAGCUAAAUUACCUUUGCUCUAUCCAUAGGGAUGAAUAAUACACAGUUUUGAAGACCAUAAUAGAUGAUUUCUAGGGUGUUGACCAUGAAUUCUCAGAAAGAUUGCAGGAAAAAGAGAAUGUUAUAGACAGCCUGUGCUUUUUGACUUCAGUUUGCUAUCUUUCUGUGAUUGCAUUAGAGUACUGAGUCAUAGAUUUUUAUCUUUUAUAAUUCUGGAGAAAAAGAUUUGUUAGUUUUGUAAAUUUUCUUAACAAAUAAAUGUAUUUUAGUAGCUCCAUUAUAUUAGAAGUUUUAACUCAAUGGCUUGUGGAAAAUCCAUUUUCUCCAGGCUUUUUGUGUCAAUAGCUUUCCAUGAAUUUGUGGGUCUA